AUUAUAUACUAAAUUUGCUUCUAGAAAUAAAAAAAAAGGCUGGGAUGUUACAUCUCCAGAUAAAACUAAUUAAAUUUUACAAAAUGCCCGAAUCCCAUAUAUGCCUCCAUAAAAUGAGCAAAAAUCAGAAUUAUUAACAUAAAUUGCUCAGUUACAAAAAGACUCUAAGUGGGUAUGUUUAAGAGCAGAGAAAUUAUCAAAAAAGGAACUAGAAUUUAUAUCAAAAAAAAUAUAAAAUAAAAAAUUUAAAGCAUAAAUAGAAGAAGCUUAAGCAAAGACUUUAAAAAGUAAAUUAGAAAAAGUAAGGGUCAAAGCAUAAGAAAUCAGAUAAUAAAAUUAGGAGUAUUUCUUUAUAAAACAAGAAAAAGAAAAUGAAAUAAAAGAAAAAAACGAAAGCAUUAAAAAUUUAAGAUAUAAAUAAAGAGAAUAUAUAGAAUCACUUUAACGAGAAAUUUUAUAAGAGAAAUAAUUAGAAAAGCUUGAAUUAAAAAAAAUAAGCGAGGAAAAUGAGUAUUAAAUAAAAGAAAGAAAGAAAAACUAAACUGAAUUGAAUUAAAGCAAGAAAUAAAAAGUUAAAAUUUCCAAAGAUUUUUCAAAGCUUAAAGUACUAAUUCAUAAUUAGAAUCGAAAUUUAAAAAAUUAAAUAAGAAAACAAAAUCAAAAUUGAAGAUUCGGAGUAAAUAUUGUCAGUGGCAUAAGUUUAUAUUUCAAAUUUAUAAUAAGAAGAAAAGAAAUGCGAAUAAUAUUUGUAAGAAAAAAUUUAAUUCAAAUAAUUUAUCAAAAAAGAAAUGGGUUUAAAUUCUAGUAUACAUAACUCACUUAAUGUAACUAAAAAAGAAGUUUAAGAAUAAAAUAGAACCGCAUAUAGUGCAAAUAAUAUAUUUUUAACUUAAAAUUUGAAUUAAAUGCUUUGAUUUUUUUUU